ACUAUUCACGUCAAGAAUGUGACCACUGGAGUGGAGGACGACCUCGAGUUCAGAGAUUAUGUCAUACGACUGUCGUUUGAAUUCAAUCACCUGAUUGUCAUUACAACCAAUCAGUGUUUCAUUUAUAAGGCCAACAACUGGACGGCUCCGCAUCACAUGGAUCUCAAGGAGUCUAACGUAACGCUUAUUCUUCAGUGCGAUAAACACUUUGCGCUAAUCGACAGCACAAACGUCGGCCUCUACUCCUAUGAGGGAAGACUACUAUUGAAUAUCAAAUGGAUUGGUAUGAGAAUCGAGUCUUUAAAUUCCGAUACAAUAAGCCUAAGCACUGAUUCAAUCGCUGUGAGAGAUGCUAAUGACAUGAAAGUGAUUCACUUCAUCGACACAACAAACGGCAAAAUAAUGAACGAG